CGCAUAUACCUAUAGCAUGGCUUCAGAAAUAAAUGUCCUGCCAGCCACCGCUGAAGACUAUGAAGAGGUGAUGUCCAUCUCUGGCGGAAUAUACAAAGGAACUGACUAUCUGCCUUAUAGAUACCAUGCAUGGCUGAAGGACCCUCGUCGGAGGAUGUAUCUGGCCAAAUGUGAUGACAAAGUGGUGGGCUUUGAGUCGUUCUUGCUGGUGGAUGGUGGAGUUACUGCGGUGGUGGAAGGUCUUCGGGUAGCCCCUUGGAUGAGAGGACAAGGGGUAGCGGGCAUCAUUCAGAACUUUUGCAUUAACGCCAUACGUGCUGACCACCCAGAGGUGAAAACAGUCAGUAUGACCCGUACAGAGAAUCCUCCGCCCUCCUUGCUGAAGAAGUACAGCAUAAUCAACUGCAAGGCUAUCAUAUUCAUGCACCUACCCUCUGACCAAGUUGAAGAAGGGCUCAAGUUGCUGGAAAGUCGGGUGGACAAUUCAGAAAGGUCCAUAAACCACUCUGUCCUUGGACCUACUGAGGUGCUGAAACUCUUUGAGAGGACUAAACUAGAAGAAGAGCUGCUACCUGGAAGAAGACUGGUUCAGUGCUGGCUUCCUCUGACCACCCAUAAAGCCAACCUGGAGCUACUUCUAGAACGGAGGAUCGUUUGGCUCUAUUGCCACCCAUGUGAUACAGGGGAUUUCCUAGCAGAAUCCAGUGAUAGCACCACUUGUGACACAAUCAGAUGCCAAACCAGCCAUGAGCACAGUGCAAUCACUGCAUCUACCCCCACCUCAUCUGAUUCCACAUCUACUACUCAGUCCCAUCACAAUUCUGCUCCACCUCCCUCAUCAAUAAAUACAUCUUCCCCUCGGUUCCUCAGCCUUGGUACCCCUCCAUUCCCAAUUCCAUUGGCAAAGGGUACGCACAAAUUGGACAUUGAUUUGUUUGGAAAUGACCCGGAAUGUGCCAAGAUCCAUGUCCUCAAGCAAUUAAAGAUGGGGAUACAGGCUCUGCCUGCAGGGGGCGAUAUAAUUUGUGUCCUUUAUGCAGAGGAGAGUCUCCGGGCUGCACUCAAUGACCUGUGCGAAGGGUUAGCUACAUUCUUCUAUGUGAGAGAACAGAUGGUGCUAGACAUGGAAAUCUAGGAGGUUAUGAUGCCAACCAAGCGGGAGAUACAUCAAGCCUUCUUAAAAGUGGAGAAGUUGCCAUAGCAACUAAUCAGCUUCUACCUAUAAUUUUAUAGGCUGUACUUAAUAAAUGCCUCAAAGGUGUUUGGUUGCUAUGGGCAACUUCUCCACUCUUCAGAAGACUUGAUAUGUGUCUAUUGUAAUUAGGGCAGGUGCUACGGGUAUAAGAAGGUUAACAAGCUGAGUCUGCUUACAAGACACUUA